GGGCCUUCAUGUGGGCGUGGCCUGUUCAGCCCCGCCCCUGCGCCUAACUCUGGGGCCCGGGCCACCGGGGCCUCCCCGCUGCCUGCUGUCCGGGGUCCCCGCUGUGUUCUCCCGCGCGUUCUCAUGGCUGGAAAGUUGGUGUCUCUGGUGCCACCUCUGCUGCUGGCUGCCGUGGGCCUCGCCGGCCUCCUGCUACUGUGCGUCCCUACCCAAGACGUCCGGGAGCCGCCCGCCCUCAAGUAUGGCAUUGUUCUGGAUGCUGGCUCUUCACACACAUCCAUGUUUGUCUACAAGUGGCCAGCGGACAAGGAAAAUGACACCGGCAUCGUGGGCCAGCACAGCUCUUGUGAUGUUCAAGGUGGUGGCAUCUCCAGCUACGCAAAUGACCCUUCUAGAGCAGGCCAGAGUCUGGUCGAAUGUCUUGAACAGGCACUUCGGGAUGUGCCCAAAGACAGAUAUGCCAGCACACCACUCUACCUGGGAGCUACAGCAGGCAUGCGCCUACUCAACCUGACCAGCCCAGAGGCCACAGCCAGGGUGCUUGAGGCAGUGACACAGACGCUCACACAGUACCCCUUUGACUUCCGCGGUGCUCGCAUCCUCUCGGGACAGGAUGAAGGGGUGUUUGGCUGGGUGACUGCCAACUACCUGCUGGAGAACUUCAUCAAGUAUGGCUGGGUAGGCCGGUGGAUACGACCAAGGAAGGGAACACUGGGGGCCAUGGACCUUGGGGGUGCCUCAACACAGAUCACCUUUGAGACCACCAGUCCAUCUGAAGAUCCAGACAAUGAGGUCCAUUUGCGGCUCUAUGGGCAGCAUUACCGUGUCUAUACCCAUAGCUUCCUCUGCUAUGGCCGAGACCAGGUUCUCCAGAGGCUUCUGGCCAGUGCCCUCCAGAGCCAUCGAUUCCACCCCUGCUGGCCGAAGGGCUACUCCACUCAAGUGCUGCUCCAGGAAGUCUACCAGUCACCAUGCACUAUGGGUCAGCGUCCCCAGACCUUCAACAGCAGUGCCAUUGUCAGCCUGUCAGGGGCCAGCAACGUCGCCCUCUGUCGUGACCUCGUCUCUGGGCUCUUCAAUGUCUCCUCCUGCCCCUUUUCCCAGUGCUCCUUCAAUGGGGUCUUCCAGCCUCCUGUGGCUGGGAACUUCAUAGCCUUUUCUGCUUUCUACUAUACUGUGGACUUCCUGAAGACAGUGAUGGGGCUGCCUGUGAGAACCCUGAAGCAGCUGGAGGAAGCUACAGAGACCACCUGCAACCAGACCUGGGCUGAGCUUCAGGCCCGAGCGCCAGGGCAGCAGACCCGCCUGGCUGACUACUGUGCUGUAGCCAUGUUCAUACAUCAGCUACUGAGCCGUGGCUACCACUUCGACGACCGCUCUUUCAGCGGAGUGCUCUUCCAAAAGAAGGCCUCAGACACGGCUGUCGGCUGGGCGCUGGGCUACAUGCUGAAUUUGACCAACUUGAUCCCCGCUGACCUCCCGGGGCUACGUAAGGGCACCCACUUCAGCUCCUGGGUCGCUCUCCUGCUGCUCUUCACAGUCCUGAUCUUGGCUGCGCUGGUCCUGCUCCUGCGCCAGGUGCGCUCUGCCAAGUCCCCAGGCGCCCUCUAGGGGGUGUGCUGGGAGCUUCUCCCAACUCCCUGCUGUGCCUUCUUCCCUGAGGCCAUCUCUGACUCUGAAGCAGCCUGGAAAUCAGUGUUUCUUAUCUACAUUAGGUGGGCAGCCACGAGUUCUCAGUUAGUCCUCUCUCUUCCUGGGAUGUCAGGUCUCUUAGCCUGUGACUUAGGAUAAGGUCUAUUCGGAAUGGGACCUUUGUUCUGAUUUUCAGGGCCCUGUGAACUUUCUGUCUGAGCCUUUAGAAAGGCAAGCACCAGAGCUUACAAGCUAGGAGUCACCAUGUCUACUUGUAAAAAAUUUUGUAAUAAAAGAUUUUUCCUAGAGCA